UUUGCGUGGAAUCUCGUCUGCGUUUACGCGCCUCAGGUGUGUCCGCUGAAGCUUCAAUAUGUGCUGCAGGGGCCGCGGGAGUCUGUGGGAAGACGCCGGAGGAGCCCAAAGCCGGGAAAUGGACCCAGUGGCCUUUGAGGAUGUGGCUGUGAACUUUACCUUGGAGGAGUGGGCUCUGCUCGGGCCUUCACAGAAGAAACUCUACAGAGAUGUGAUGCGGGAAACCUUGAGGAACCUGGCGUCAGUAGGGGAAAAAUGGGAAGACCAUAACACUGAAGAUCAGUACAAAAACCAGGGAAGAAAUCUGAGAAGUCAUACAUUACGGAGACGCUGUGAAAGUGAAGAAGGUAGUCAAUGUGGUGAAAACAUCAGCCUUAUUCCAAAUCUUAAUCUGAACAAGAAAAAUUCUACUGCAGUAAAACCAUGGGAGUGCAGCGUGUGUGGAAAAGUCUUCAUGAGUCGUUCAUCCUUUAAUAGGCACGUUAGAUCUCACACUGCACCCAAACCAUCCAGGUAUCAGGAAUAUGGAAAGAAGCCUUAUAAAUGUAAGGUAUGUGGGAAAGCCUUCAGUUAUCUCCAGCCUUUUCAAAAACAUGAAAGUAAUCAUGGUAUAGAGAAAUCCUAUAAAUGUAAGGAAUGUGGGAAAUCCUUUAGAUAUCGCCAAUCUGUUCGAAAACAUGAACGGACUCACACUGGAGAGAAACCCUAUCAAUGUAAACAAUGUGGGAAAGCCUUUCGAUAUCAUCAAACCUUUCAAACACAUGAAAGAACUCACACAGGGGAGAAACCCUAUGAAUGUAAGCAAUGUGGUAAAGCCCUCAGUUGUCCAAGUUCCUUUCGAAGUCAUGAAAGGACUCAUACUGGAGAAAAACCCUAUGAAUGUAAAAAGUGUAGUAAAGCCUUCAGUUGUCCCAGUUCUCUUCGAAAACAUGAGAGAACUCAUACGGGAGAGAAACCUUACGACUGUAAGGAAUGUGGGAAAGCCUUCAUUUCUCUUGGAAGCUUUCAAAGACACAUGAUAACACAUACUGGAGUUGGACCUUAUAAAUGUAAGGAAUGUGGAAAAGCAUUCAACUGUCCCAGUUCAUAUAGAAUACAUGAACGAUCUCACACUGGAGAAAAACCCUAUGAAUGUAAACAAUGUGGUAGAGCCUUCAGUUGUUCCAGUUCCUUUCGAACACAUGAAAGAACUCACACUGGAGAGAAACCUUAUCAAUGUAAGGAAUGUGGAAAAGCCUUCCAUUGGCUCACCACUUUUCAAGUCCAUGUGAGAACUCACACUGGCGAAAAACCCUAUAUAUGUAAGCAGUGUGGUAAAGCCCUCAGUUGUCCCACUUCAUUUCGAAGACAUGAACGGACUCACACUGCAGAGAAACCCUAUGAAUGUAAGCAAUGUGGGAAAACCUUCAGUUCUCCUCUAGGUUUGCAAAUACAUGAAAGAACUCACACUGGAGAGAAACCCUAUAAAUGUGAGAAAUGUGGGAAAGCAUUUGUUUCUCUCACAAGCUUUCGAAGACACAUGAUGACGCACACUGGAGAUGGACCUUAUAAAUGUAAGGAAUGUGGGAAAGCAUUUAAUUGUCCCAGUUCAUUUCGAAUACAUGAAAGAACCCACACAGGAGAGAAACCCUAUGAAUGUAAAAUAUGUGGUAAAGCCUUCAGUUGUUCCAGUUAUGUUCAAGUACAUGAAAGAACUCAUACUGGAGAGAAACCCUAUGAAUGUAAGGAAUGUGGGAAAGCCUUCAUUUACCGCACAACCUUUCGAGGUCACAUGAGAGUGCACACUGGUGAGAAACCGUAUAAAUGUAAAGACUGUGGGAAAGCCUUUAGUCGACCCAGUUCAUACAGAAGCCAUGAAAGAAUUCACACUGGAGAGAAACUUCUUGAAUGUAAGCAUUGUGGGAAAGCCUUUAAUUGGCCCACAUCCUUACAUAAACAUGUCAUGAGAAUGCACACUGGAUAAAUUAUAACUGAUAAAUACAAGAGAGUUUCCUAUCAACAAAUAUUGGGCUGGCCAAAAAGUUCAUUCGGGUUUUUCCAUAACAUCUUAUGGAAGAAUGAACUUUCUGGCCAACCCAAUACAUUCAGUCAUGUGAAAACUCUACUGGAGAGAAAUGCUAUAACAUGGAGAAAAAUGUUAUAACAUGUAAAUAAUAUGGGAAAGCCUGAUGUAGAUUAAUUCACAUAUAAUGCUCCAGAAAAAUGAAAUAAAUGUUUUAAAAGUUUAAAAUAUAUCAUCUUUAUCAGUGGCUUAUUCUGAAACUC